CAGUCGCAUACUUUGCUAUUUAUUAUACAUUACGAACAAGGAUAUCUAAACGGGACCCGACGAGAAGUAAAAUAAAUGUCUCGUCCUAAGCUUGGUGCGUACAUCAGGAAGUUGGAUUAUUUGUCAGUGAAGGAAGACAGUGAGUAUGAAGAUGAAACUCCUUGCAACAAACUAACUGACUAUGAAAGUCUCUGCAACAACGAUGAUCAGUUUAACUUUGAAGAAGUUAAGGAUGGCAUGGCAGCAUUUCGAGAAAAAGUUUGUAUAUCAAAGUUUCUAGGGAGACACUCACAACCACACCGGCUGGCAUAUUCAACUGUAUGUACUCUUGUUCGAUUUCUAAGUGAGUAUGAAGAUGAUGAAGACAAAGUGAAGGAAGUCGGUAGAGAAUAUGUCUAUACCUGGUUAGCGUUAUUGUGUGCCAGACCAAGCUCGGGUCAUUUAGACCUCAUGUCAAAGUUCGAGGGGCAAAUGUUUAAGCAAUAUAUACAGCAAAGUGACGCAGAGGAACUGGCCAAGAUCAUGUCACAGAUGAAGAUCAAAUUUAACUAUGAUGCGAAGAAUGAAACGGACGAAGAACAUACGUAUGCAAGCUUCCUAAAAGACAGAACCAGUUAUUUCUUUCGGUCGUCUUUAACAGAGAGCCAAUGUGAGCAGCCAGUUGUUAUGAAAGCGUUCUUUGAUCUUCGAAUGUUUUACCAGCAGCAGAUAUCAAAACUGUCAUCAGAGAUGGCAUGUUACGUUGGCAAUUUAGUACGAGACAUGUCGGACAAAUUUCCGGAAGAAAACUUCACAGACAUGGGCUCAGUAAAAGCUUAUCUGAAGGUUAUAGAGGAAUCAUUGUGUACAUUUGAUGGUGAUUUAAAGUCACUUAGAGACGAAGAGUCUCUAGAAAAUAUCAUCAAGGUAGCCAGGACGAAUGACACUUUAAAAGAUAUUUUUCCCGAACUUAUGUCAUUAAUCACAAAAUUUUCAAAGAGAAAGACGCCCCUAGAAAAUGGUGACAGAAUUUAUGAUGUUUAUAGACUGAAUCUGUACAUGGAUAUGAAACAGUCAAUGAUAGACAAAAGUAUAUUUGAGGGGAGUUUAGCAAUGAUUGAAAGUGUACUGACGGAUGGAAAUAAAGUAGACAAAAGUAAACAAGAGAUGAUUGAUAUGGCGUUCUCAGACUGUAUACUUAAAGUUUACAUGACUCCUGAGCAAGGAAAACCAAUUUUAGAUGUUCUUCUGCUGAUGAUUAAAUCCGGAAGGAAAGACUUGGUGCAUUCUGUAGAAACAACUUUACGCAAAAAGGGAUAUACAAAAAUACUUACAUGGAAGAACUUGAUACCGGAAGCACAACAGUUCUUGCAAGUGAUUGGUGUGAUGAAAGGUGACCAGUUGGAAGAUGAGGACGGUGAUUUUGAUGAUGUAUUAAGCAAUUUAAAAGACGUUGUUGAAACAUUGAUGGAGUUGUUCAAAAAAGGGAAGAUCUUGAAAGAGCUUUCAAAAGAUAUUGUUGCGUUCAUUUUUAAUUGUUUGGAGACACAGGAACCUGAGAAGACAGAUUUAGCUAACACAGUAUCAGACGAUAAAUAUCUUACUUUAACGGUCAAAGAUAAGGAACUUGUAGAUUACAUCUUAGAUAAAGUGGAUCACAUCCUUAAGACAGCUGAUACACACUUAAGCAAUGAUUCAACUGUUGAGGAUUUUGUAACUGCUGUUCUCGAAUCUUACAAUGAUAACGGGAAGAAUGUAACAGAUUCACAGCACGAAAGGUUUAUGUCGAUAUAUGCCACCUGCUGUGAGGGAGACAGCUUGACAGAUAAAAUGGUUGACUCCGGAAACGAAGAUUGUUGGACUGUCUUUGGUGGAAUCUAUGCGACUGCAGUCACGUAUUUAUCAAUCCAUUUAUCAUCCAAAACGCUGUCGCGUUGCUUAUCGUUGAUCAAGAAUAUUAUAAAAUGGGCAAGGAUUUCAGCGGAAGAGGAGCACAAUUAUCUGAUGAUGUCAAGUUUUGGUGCCCUUCAAAUUAUAAACAGUGCUUUGGAACCUGAAAUAGCUGAGAUUACACCAGAAGUAGUUGAGUUGUUCCUGUUGACCGAUAAAACAUCAGAGUCGAUACAUCUUUUGCGUGGUCUUUAUUCAUUUAAUCCGCAACCGAUACAUGACAACUUGCAAAGAUUUAUAGAGAAAAUGGAGAACAUGAGUUUCACAGACAGAGCUUAUGUUGUUCCGUUAUUGAUAGAAGUUUCAGGAAAACAACCAAAGGAAUUUACCGAAGAUCAAGUUGGCAAAUUACUCGACUUUGCAAUGGAAGAUUAUCAAACGCAGCCGACAUACUUUCAUGUUCUAAAUCAAAUAGCAACUCUGAAUCCUCCAAGUGUUUGUCAACAGUUUUCCAAACUUGUAAAUGGGAACGGUUACAACAGCUCAGUGUUAAUAUUCAGGGUGAUGCUUGUUCUACGUCUAGGUUGCUAUGACAAGUCACUGUUCAAUAAAGCUGCUGAAUUUGCGCUGAAGCAAAUAAAAAUAUCAGACACGACUAAAACACAGCAAAUAUUGAGUCAGUUGUUCUUACUUGUUCGAACAAACCGAGAGGAAAUGCUGCAGUACAGAAGCCAAAUUGAGCUUUUGCAGAAAAAGGCUGGCGACUCUCCGGAUCUUAAAGAGAUUUUUGAAAAUCUCAUCAAUGCGAUAGAUGGCAAAAGCGUGACAGGUGUGUUUGAAGAUUUACUGGAGAUGAAAGAAGAUAUAGACGAUAUUGAUACGAAGGUCGCUGCGACCAUGAACACGGUUGUUUCUCUUGGAGAUCACGUGAUAGAACAGGGUAAAGAUAUAUCAAAAGUUCGGGAUGAUGUGGGUAACCUAGGUGAACGAGUUGAUAAUGUUGAAGAAGAUCUUACAGAUACAAAAGUUAAAGUUGAAGAAAUUGAUAAUAAGACUAUGACAAAUGCUCCAAAAUGGUCUAGGGAUCUUACCAAACUGCUGAAUCCAAAAGCAGAAAACGACUGGCGACUUUUAGCUAAACGUCUUCAAUACAGUAAUGAUGAUAUACGAGCAUGGGCUCAACAACACGACCCUUGUAUGACAUUGCUGAGUGAGUGGUAUGCCACACACAAAACAAGUGAAGCAAACUUUGCAAUAUUGAACAAUCUGCAAGAAAUGAACAGACUUGAUGGAGCAAUUAUUGUUGAAAAUGCAAUGAAAGCCACUGAGGACGUUGUUGAAGAUGACGAAUUUGAGUACCCUUCACCUCCCCCAAUCUUCCUCAGCUAUCAGUGGGGUGUUCAGAAUGAGGUGAAACUACUGAAGCAACAUUUAAACAUGGCAGGAUAUGAAUGUUGGAUGGACAUAGGUCAGAUGGGUGGGGGAGACAAAUUGUUCAACAAAAUUGAUAAUGGAAUUAGAGGCGCCAAAGUAAUUAUUUGUUGUACGACAGAGAAGUAUGCACAAUCACCGAACUGCAACCGAGAGGUAAAUUUGUCAGUGAAUUUAGGAAAGCCUAUUAUACCAUUACUGAUGGAAAAGAUGUCAUGGCCACCAAAAGGAUCAAUGGGGCCAAUCUUCAGUGAAUAUUUAUUUAUCAGAUUCUUUCAAAGAAAUGGUGAGGAGACGAAAGAUCAGCGAUAUUGGCCAGUUGCCAAAUUUCAAGAACUAUUGAUGCAGUUGAAUUUCUAUACAGUUCCUGACCCGUCACUUAUUAAACAGGAAUAUUCCAAUUGGUGGAAUCCGAUAGUGGAGGAGAUAAAAAUUGAUAAAAACAAAAACGCAACAAAAGGCACUGAAGUUAGCAAGACCAACACGAAUGGUCAAGAUGCAGAUGAAUCACCGUUGGUAUUUUUGUCCUAUCAAUGGGGAAGACAACCUCAGGUUAAAUUACUCUAUGAGCGUCUGGUAUCCAGUGGUUACACUGUCUGGAUGGACAUAUUUCAGAUGGGUGGUGGUGAUUCCCUAUAUGAUAAAAUAGAUCGUGGAUUGAGAGGAUGUAAAGUGGUCGUGUCCUGUGUUACACCCAAGUACGCAUUAUCAGCAAACUGUCGACGUGAAAUAAGCCUUGCUGAUGCCUUGAAGAAACCAAUUAUACCAUUGUUACUGGAAGCAAUGAAAUGGCCGCCAGAUGGCCCGAUGAGUAUGGUGUUCACAGAACUCCUAUUUAUCAAUGUUCACCGUGACCAACAAAUACAAGAAAAAUGGACUGGACCAAAGGUAGACGAAUUGAUGGGAAAGCUAAAGAUUUACAUACCAGAUAACGAGCAAAUCCAUCCAGGAGGAAAUGACAAAAAUGACAACAAUAAGCCUACUAAAUUAGAGCCUGAAAAACCCAAUACAGUUACUACAUCUUCAAGUUUACCAAAAUCUGAAGCAAAAUCGGCAAAAUACCAGGCCAGUAAUUCACAAAAGAAUGAUCAGAAACAAGAAAAUGUAGAAACAAAAUCUGUGAAAAACCAAGAGAACUCUCAAAAGAAAGGUGAAUCACAGAAACAGGCAUCUAAAUCGUGUAUCUUAUUGUGAAGAUACGUAAGAUGGACUCAAAACUGGUCGUGUGAAAUGCAGGCCUGUUCAAAUGCAAUUAGAUCCAGACUUUAGAAAAAUCAGUCGUCGUUUGUAACCUUUAUUGAAUCAUGUGAAUACCGAUUGAUGAUGCAUUUAAAAGAACAAUAUAUACCAAUGAACUUAAAGUUACUUCUGUUAGACUAAUUAUGUAAGUAAUUUCGUAAAAAGAAAGACUUGGUCGUGAAAUAGCAUUUAAUGUUUUUCUAGUAUCUCUAAUCAAUCUUAGUUACAAAUAAAAUCUUUAUAGUUUUAUAGAUAAUGUGCUUAUUAAUUCGGCAUGCCACUGCAAAUUAAGAAUUUUACUUCGGAACAACAGAGAAACGUAUAUGAACGAUGACAAUAUCAAACUUUAAAGUGAUCUUAGCGAAAUAAUGGUAUGAGAUUUGAACAAAUCGGUAUUGGUUGGAUAUAAAAUUACCGAUUAGAUUAUUAAUAAAACUAGUCGGCCGUAAUAUGAAAUAAAGCAUUCUAUUACGUAAUGGUGACUUUGGCGACAUUUUGUCGUGUUGCGCUUUCUUUAUGGAUUCUUAUUUCUCUCUAUUUGGAUCAUUGAAACACAAUACUGGUAGUAAUAAUUAUUUACACCACUGAUCGCGAAACAUACUUGUGUACGCACUAAUAAUCAAUUAUAUUUUUCAUAAUAGCAUGAAAAGUUGUAUGUAGUUUCCUUUUAAUUUAGAGAGGUAUAUAAAAAGUAUAA